AUGAUGGUCGCCGUAGGUCCAGGCAGCUGCCUGGACAACUUCGGCAGGGAAUUCGAUGCCUUCUUUCUCCACUGCGGAGCAUCUCUGGAAAGCUGCAAGACCUGUUUCGAGGAGCUGCCGACGGCCACGCCCGGGGUCGUCGGACUCGAAUGGCACGCAAACGAGCUCUGGUCGAGGCGCUGCCGUGUGCUGGCGGAAGAUGGGGCGGAUCCGCGGCAAGUGUACACUCCGCGCACACGGGCCAUCCGCAUUUCACUUCUCCUGCCCUUCCUGACCACGGACUACGUCUCACCGUGUCAGGACAUCUGGACGUGCAAUGCGUCCUUGACAGGCAAUCUGGGUCGCGGUGCGAUUUGCUCUUCGAGGGAAAAGAGCGAUUCGGAGUGCUGGCGACUUCCUUUCCCGGUCCUGCUACCUCUAGCAUCCUUUGGUUACCACGUGCGCGAUUCUCUGCAGCUGAUGCCCGUACUGCCCCGCCGGUCUUCGUGGAACGACACCCUCGCCUUGAAGGGGCGUGUGCAAGCUGCCAUGCUCUGCAAUCUGAUCGCGGGCUGCUUGGGUUUCACGUGCCGUGCCCCCGAUUGGUGGACGUGUCACUUGCGCAUGGAUCGAAUGGAUCGACUGUACCACCGAGAAACCACUCUGGAUCCGUUUCCAGAGCGCACGGCGCUGCACAUUGCAAGAGGCAGUCGCAGAGGCGACAAGGCCUAUUUGAAAUGGCUCCCUCCUCCAAGCCUUAGCUCUCCACGACCGGAGUAUCAACAGCUCUACCUCUUCAUCUAUCACAAGGGCAUGUCGACACUCUUCCGAAGCCUCUUUGCCGAGGUUUUGGCUUUCCUUGGCCUCUCGGUGACCCAGUACCAGUGGCCCUCCAGGCCUCGCCGCUGCGGCGAGGCCGACUUUACGGGGCUCUACGUGCAGCCCGAGGACUUGGAGGUCUUGGAGCAGAGGUGCCCAAAGUAUCGAGCUGUGCACAUUCUGCGGUCUCCGCUGGAAAUGCUGGCCUCCGGCUACGCCUAUCACGCUUACCAAGGUGACGCCCCACCCGGCUCCGGGCCGAAGGUGCUUCAGAACCUUUCGGUGGCGGAGGGACUCAAGCUCGAGGCGAAGCUCCAUCUGCGCCGGCAGCACGGCUUCCAUCGGGGAAACACCAUUGCAGACAUGUGGGCGGUGUACCGUUCCGUGAAAGACGACCCUCGCGUCCUCACUCUGCGUGCUGAAGACAUACUGGGCCCCGGCCGUUUUGACGAAUUUGUCAGGAGGAUGCUGUCGCACCUCUUGGGCGCCUCGCUGCGCCUGGGGCCCGGGCUCUGGAGGCAGAUCCGAAGCCUCGCGGCGCGCUUCGACGAGAGCCGCUGCGGGCGCUGCAUUCCCACACCCAGCGCUCAGACGACGGAGGGCCAGCGCCGGCUGAAGCGGCGAGCGCAGCGAGAGCUUGCGACGCUGAGGCGCAGCCCCGAGGUUCGGAAGCUCUUGCGAAUGCAGCGGGAGCUGGGCUACGAGGAGGAGGCGGAGGAAGCUGCGGCAACGGAGAGGAGUCGGAAGAAGUGGAGCUUGCUGGGCGUGGAGUGCUGCCCUGCCGGUGCCUCCGCAGCGACAGCCCGACGCGACGUCAGCGAGCUUUGGAGCCUGAAGUUCAAGGACCCAGCGGAGCUGCGCUCGGUGCUGUUCCAAACGGCCGCCAGCUGCACGCGCCGCUUUGGCCACGUGGUCUUCGUCGAUUGGGGCCUCGACUCGGAGAAGAUCGGCGGGCGAGGGACCGCGACCUGGGUACCUUUGAAGGGCUUUCUGGCGUCGCUUGCGGAGUCGCCGCUCCACGGCGCCUGCAUCUCAUCUCAUCUGCGCUGCGGAGUCAUCGAAAGAGUCUGGAGCGUUGCUCUCCAGAGCUACCAGAUGCCGUCCGCGCUUCUCGCGAUGCCGGCAGUGCCGCCGCCGCCCACUGCACGACUUCGUGGCCGCGUCUGUGGCCCGGAGGACUUGGCGCACGUUCUCGAUUCUCUUCCAGCCGACCGGGCACUGCAAGACACCUUGAGUGCCCUCGUCCAGAGACUGGAGUCGGAGGCAGAGCGAGGGGCUGUGGCUCUGCAGCCUCCGUGCCCGAGAAACUUUAGCGACUUCUGGGCGGAGGGUGAAAACCUGGGCUUGUGA